ACAGUAAAAUGCGCCUGGUAUCCGAACAGAAGAAUGAAACCCCGCAAUCCUUUGCGAAAAUAAACCCAACCACCUAGCAGAACGCAAAAAGCAAAGACCACCCGUAACGGCAACCAUGAGAAAGCCUUCCAAACCCAAUUAGAUAUACCAGAUUCCUACUCGUUUCACUUUUCCACCUCCUUUCCCUUCCAUUUGAGUUCCGAAUCAUCCAUCCCAAGGGGCAAUCCACCAGUCCGUUCUUCGGCAGCUUUCACGCUGCCCUCAGUUUCGGCGGCGGCCUCCUUAAUGUCACUCCAAUAUUCGAGUCGGCGGACUUCUUGCUCCGCAGCUUCGAUUGCUUUCUUGAGGCCCUCGUGUUUUCUUUGCCUAGCGGCUCCCCGGCCCGCUUCCUGCGUUCCCGGCUGCGGCCCCAGCACCGGCCCUGUCUGUGGUGUUGGUGGGCCAUCCGCUGGGAGAAUAUCUGAGCGCUCAGCGUGUGGGGUUGAUACGGUAGAUGAGGGUUGUGAUGGGAUGAGUUCAUCGGCUGCGGUAAUAAGGAGCUUUAGGAGUUGUCGACGGGAUGCUUGGAAUAUCAUCAAUGACAUGAUGUGAGGUAUCUAGUAUUGGGUCAGUAAAAGAAACCUUCCCACAUAAAAGGAAUCAUACCCUCUCGGGGAGAUAUGCCACCUCCUCCCCACCAUCCUUUAGGAAUUUCUCUACAACUUCGAUCUUCUCGCGAUCCAAUCGGGCGAUUCUUAGCACUCUCAAAAGUUUUGGAAUAUCAGUUAUAAAUCCUUCCUCUUCAUCAUCAUCAUCCAUCCCCGCACUCUGCCCCGUCCAUUCACUUCCUUCCAUUACACUUCUUCGUUGUCUCUUCUUUCGGCCUCCUGCCCCGGCCGAUCCACCGUCUGAAAAGUGCCGAGAGUGUAUGGUGAAAUAGUCUUGGUUAAGCCCAUGGGGCCGUUCCUGGCUACCCUCACGAGAGGAAAAGUCCGGAUUAUAGAAUAUUUUAAUACGCUUUCGUAGCCACCGACGUCGACGAACGAAGGAGUGGAACCACACAUGGUUUCCGUGCCACGAGAACGCAGGAUUGAAAGAGAAGCUGUACGUCCAUCCUUCCUCAUCCACAUCUUGUGUCAUGUCCACAUACCAGGUUUUCCAGGCCUAUGUUGAGUCAGCUACGGCUAGCCACAAAACAUAUUACGGGAGGCAGAGAGGGCAAAAUCACCCAAGCCCACGACGGAUCUGGGAGCUGUGCGUUGACAAUGCUCACAGCCGAAUCACGAAAUAACCCAUUUUGCCAGGGCGCGGGGUCGAGGUUCAACAAUCCCCUCGAGGAAAAUAAGGGAAUACCGCAAAUAAAUACCCUACCCCCCACGCAAACUUCCAUCAGUCCAAUAAAACCCCAACGCAACCUAGAUGAAACCUACCCCCUCUGGUUCUCAUAAAGAAUAUCCAUCUCCGCAAUCUCCUUUUCUUUCUGCCUCCGCGACCCCCUCCUCUCAAGCACGUGUUCCGCACUACCCCUUCUCGCAUUCCCGCCCGUGUUCGACCUGUCUCUCCCCCGGCCCUGCAGCGACCCACCUUCGCCGCCGCUACCGGAUGGCACGACAACCUCUAUGUCCUCCUCCUCCGUACUCUCCACAACUCCUUCAGCCCUCGGAUCAGGCACACCAUCACCAUCAACCAAUCCUACAUCAUCGUCGGUAGAGGAGGUAGCUGGGUCGAUAGUCCAUCCCCGAUACUUUCUCUGGGCGAUCGCUUUCCGGAGCGUUUCUCGGCGCCCAGGAGCAGCUGAAGAGGCAGCUGAAACGAUGGACGGUUGGGCCGAGGCGUCGCCGGCUUCGGAGACGGGCGCAGUAGGAGGUCGCGAUACGGUGUUAUCUUGCAGGUUUAUACGGAGGUUGAGUUCGCCGGAGGUAGAAUUAAACGAACGCGAAGCUCUAAAAGACGAUAGUGAGGCCAUCGAUUGGUUGAUGAGUGGCUAAUUGCUACCAAUGAUAAUCAGGGGAGCGGGAUAGAGCAACGACGAUAACGAGAAAAAAAUUAGUGACAUAGGAGAUAAGGGGUGAGGGUCAAUAAAGGAGGGACAGGAGGAAACAAGGGAAGAAGUAGUAUCACAAAAAGAAAACAAGCUGUCUGAGCGGGCGAAGAGUUUCGUCACUGGGAAAGAGAUGGAUCAGCGCAGGGAACUAAUGCUUCGCCAAGCCAUAAUAUACUCGAGCACAGAAGCCGCACACAGCCAGGAACAGCAUGUGCCCAGUUAUACCACGAAACGUGCUGUGUUCUACCGGUACCCUACGAGUAAGCCGUGCUCCUCCCCAAUUCUAGUAUUCCCAUCAACCCCCUCCGGCCAGCAGCGUUCGAUCCUCCCCAAUUCCCCUCAGCAAGAAAAGCGACUCGGGAGAGCCCAACUUUUCCCCGUCCUCCCCACCAAGCUUCCCACUGUAACCCCCUGCCGCCAAACCGUCCCAAAACCGCCUAGCCUCGAUAUUUUGCCUCAAUGACGUAUUUGCAUGCUCACCGUUAUCCUUCCUUUCGACCCCAAAUAAAUUCACAUCUGGAUCCCCCAUUCUACCUCUCUGCAAAACGGAACAAAUCACGACCCUCUCGCCACACUAUAAUUGCGACCACGCUCUCACUCUAACCCCAACCUCCAUCUUCCCCCUAUCACUUGAAACUCCAUACCUAUAGUAUCUAAUAAUUGAACAUGCCUACUCCGGACCCCGCAGGAACCCUUCCCAGAGCUACUGGCUCUCCAAAGAACCGUUUGCCAAUAUAUAUCGGUUCCGGGGUGGCCGCCAUUGCAGCAUACUACUUCUACAAUGCCGGAGGAGACCCAGGUGUCGCCAGCAAGAAGUUGAAACGUUAGUUCGUUCGCCACCACGUUAGAACGUAAAUAAAACGGUUAAUAAACAAACAGAGGACGCAUCUCGUGCAUCAACAGGCAUCAGAGACGAGUUCCCCGGUCGUGGCACAGAGAGCAAGGCUGGUGCUGAGGAAUCCACGGCGAGAACCGGCAGCGCUAUCGACUCCACAGUUCGUGAUGGUUUGUCCUCAACUCUGCUGAAAAACAUGGGAGCCUGCGCUGAAAAUCGCAGCAGGUAAAUCGCGUAUCGCUGAAGGCCAACACAAACUCGAGGAGACAAAAGGCAAGUCCGGGAAGGCCAUCAUGUCAAAGAUUGACGAGGCAGAUCUCAAAAUCGAGAGCGAGGCUUCUAAGGCCAAGAGCGGGCUCAGUUCCUGGUUUGGUGGGAAAUAAGUCCGGAACGAAAAGAAACGGUGUUGACAGGAUGGAACUCUUGCUUCCUUUGCCCUUCGGGUUCCUCGCUCUUUUUAAUUGCAUUAAGGUGGGAUGGGGAAGGGGAGAUGGAAAUUAUACAAGUAAUUCCAGAAGCAUGAUGCGGAACUCUGCUCUGCUGCGAAAUAUGACGGAUAACUGUCUCUCAUAAUACCAGAACUCCCAUCCAGCCAUUACCGUAUUGCUCCUCGCACUCCGAGCCUCUGAAGAUUCUUGAAGAUUCACAGACCAUCACUCGAACCCCCAGUACCCUCACCACCCCAAUCCAUCCUAGCGCUUUUACACCAAUGACACCCGAAUACACUCUUUUACCCACGCCCAUACCCACUCGCAUUAAAGCACAGUAUGGAAUAAUAGCCCCGCAGUUCCAAUCACCAAGAGACCCAGAGGAGUCAGCCCGAUCACCCAUUCAUAGAGCGGUCCCGUACCCCUCCCUAGUCCAUAUUCAGCGCUCAGAAAUGCCACUACAAUAACAACCUUAUCCUUUCCCAACUCCCCCGAUCACCGAGACCUUCUAUCUCCCCCUUACUAAAAAACAAAAACAGAGGCCCCCCAAUAAUA